AUGGCAGGAGCCGAGGUCGUGGUGAAUGCAUGGAAAGAAUGGGGUCUCCAAUUGCUUGUGCUGCUCAGCUUCAUGCUCCAGGUCACUCUCCUCAUCUUGGCGGAGUUCCGCCGGUGCAUCGACUCCGGCGUGCUAAGGGUCUUUGUUUGGUUAGCGUACAUGCUGGCCGACGCGACGGCGAUCUACGUCCUGGGCCAUAUGUCCGUGACCAGCAGGUCGCCGGAGCAUGAGCUGAUGGCGUUGUGGGCGCCGUUCCUGCUCCUUCACCUCGGUGGGCAGGACAACAUCACCGCCUACGCUGUCGAGGACAACCGGCUGUGGUUGCGCCACUUGCAGACGCUCGACGUGCAGGUGGCGGCAGCUGCAUAUGUCAUCUACCAAUCUUCCAUCCUUGGCCUGCGGUCUUUGCUCUGGCCGACCACAAUCCUCGUGUUUGUGGUGGGCGUCCUCAAGUACGGGGAGAGAGUGUGGGCGCUGAGGUGCGCGGCUAGCACCCCAGCGGGCAACAAUUACCGGUCUCUUGAAAGGUAUGCAGUGUUUCGAAGAUUCAUUUUUAAAGACGUUGCAAGUUCAGAACGUCGGCGGGUAGCCACAAGUAGAGGUGUCCUGGAUACGGAAGCCUUCCUACAGAUAGCUCACGAACUGCUGGAAGUUCCCAAAGACUUGCUGUUAGAGGGUUCGUUACCCACUGAAGGUUCAAGCACAGAUCUGAGUGCAGAGGAGCUAUACAAGGUAGUCGAGAUGCAGCUCUCGCUGAUGCACGACGUGUUCUACACCAAGACGCCUAUGAUGCACAGCUGGCAUGGCCUCUGCAUCCGCAUAAUUUCCCUGCACACAUUAGAUGUUGCUGUCACUUAUGUCCUAUUGGUUGGGUCCGUCAUCCUGGAGAUCACGUCAGUGCUGAGGGUCGUGUUCUCGAGCGGGACUUGCGUGCUCCUGGAAGGAUGGAGUAGGCCGCGGAUCCGGCGUGCUCCUCCCCUGCGGGUCCACAAGCAAAAAGGACGCAAUAUAUGGCAUCUGCUUGCCCGUGUAGUUUCCCCUCUCCGCCGGCUCGUCCAUGCAGCAGAGUGGAGAAGAAGGUGCUGCUGGUCGCGCUCCUUGGGGCAGCACAACAUGCUUAAGCUGUGCGCUCGCAGCAGGGCCAGCCGAAGCAGCAAGGUCGCGAGAUGGAUGGGAGUCGAGGACCCGUGGAACAUGCUGGCAUACUCGUGGUCGAUCCCCGUUUCCGCCUCCAUCGAGCAGCUGUUGGUGAAGCAACUGCUCAAGAAUGUAAGGCGGAACCCAGAUGAGAAAUGGAACCCAGAUGAAAUCAUCAUGGCACAGGGUCGAGAGGCGAUGCAGAGGUGGGGGCUGUACGAUGACCUGGACUGGGGUGUAGAGGAGAGCAUACUCGUCUGGCACCUCGCCACCGACAUCUACCUCUAUUGGUACAAGGAGUAA